AUGACAGUCAAUUCGCAAACUUAUCGUGGCCUCCCAACCGUGACAACUUUGGUGGAAGGUGUGCUGCCUCCUGAUUGCACCGCAUCAUGGGACGUGAUGAACCUGAGCCUUUCUGACAUCUUUGGUGAGAACAUCAGCGAAGAGGAGGCAAACGCAAGCUUGCCGCUGGCCAGGGACAGGUGCGAAGGUGCGUUAAGCUGUGAGUUCCUCUUCCAGCCGGAUGUGCUACUCGAUCCAGCCCCCGGUUGUAACAAGGAGGUGAUCGUCAACUAUACUUGCCCAAAUCACAUGUCGCAGCCUAGCAGAACCCGGCUGACUCCCAACCAAACAACACCUGCAUCCAUGAUCAUCCAGUGUCCGGUGGUCUUCCUGCCCUCGCCAGACCCUGUGGCACUACGGGGCUCCUUGCAGACCGGAACUUUCUCCCUUACGGGUGUGAGCACAAUGUGGCGCCUGCGGCAGCUAACGGCAUGCCCGGAUCAGCAUGAGCCCUCGCGGACGGCCCUGCAGCUCUUGCGCAACAUGUCCAAGCCCUCUGCAGGUGCUGUUACUGUGGGGCUUCUGCCCAAGAUUAUCCUCUCCUUCAACCGCAACGUGUUCCUUGGACGUGGGAAGGCGCUGGUGCGGGAGGUGAAAACACUUGCAGUGGGAGCAUAUGAUGAUCCAGACCGUCCACGCGAAUUUCUCAUGUCUCUUAUGACUAGCAACAACACGGCAAGCUAUCAGAUCACGACUGAGUUGCUGCCACUGACAAUCUAUGAAGUGAUUCUGGAGCCUGGUGCUGUGGAAGACAUUGACGGCUUCGCCUUUGCAGGCAUUUCCAGCGAUUCCUACACCUUCACCACUGGCCUGGGUCCGCUGCAGCCUGCUGGCUGGCGUAUCGUGGCAGAAGCAGGAAAUCCUCCUGGACCACACACUUCACUGAGCCUUGGUCUUCUAAAAAGCCAUGUAAACUAA